UUCCAUCGCGCGCGCACCUGGUGCUGGUGUACCUGUCCGACCUGCCGCAGCGCCGCGCCUCCUUCUCUCCGUCCCAGCCGACCAGCCGGCGCGGCACGAGGCCGCCCGCCCGCCGCGCCGUUAUAUAUGCCAGCUGCCCGACCCGGGUCCUCCCGCCCGCCUCGGCCUCAUCCCCGGAUAGGCCAAUACCCAACAAAACGGCCGUGCCUCCAGCGCUCCGCAUGAUCCAGCAUAACCUGUGACGCUUCCAGCUCGCGAUCGGCCAUGUGCACCCCCGCCGCGGCGGGCCGCGGCCGCGUGCGGCUGAACGUGGGCGGGCGGGUGUUCGAGACGACGGCCGCCACGCUCGCCACCGCCGGGCGGGACACCAUGCUCGGUGCCAUGCUCGACGCCUCCUGGAACGCCGGCCACGACGCGGACGGCGGCGCGGCCGAGUACUUCAUCGACCGCGACCCGGCCUGCUUCGCGGUGCUGCUGGACCUGCUCCGCACGGGCGGGCUCCACGUGCCCCCGGGCGUCCCGGAGGCGGCGCUCCACCGCGAGGCGCUCUACUACGGCCUCCUCGACCGCGUCCGCGCCGCGCGCUUCGGGGACUUCGACGGCGACCGCCUCCGCCUGGCCGCGUCCGUCCCCGGCCGCGCACCCGGGGACGGGACCGCCGUCCGGGCGGCCCCCGACGGCGGGUGCUGCGUCGCGCACGGCGGCGCGGUGCGCGUGUACAACUGGAUGCUGGAGGAGCGCCGGCCCGUCUACUGCCCCGGCCACGCGCCGGUCAACGACGCGGCGUACCUGGACGCGGCCACGCUCCUCGUCGCCGCGCGGGAGCGGCCCGGCACCGGCCGCCGCGGCGAUGACGGCGGCGGCGGCGGCGGCGGCGGCGGCGUGGCGGCCUUCUCCGCGCUCACGGGCGAGCCGCGCCACCGCUUCCGCGUCGCGCACGGCCGCCAGCCAAGGUCCUUCACCGCCGGCGCGCUGGCCUUCGACGACGGCGAAGGGUGCCGCGUCUUCGCGAGCUGCAAGGGCCGGCUCAACGAGUACGGCGUCGCCGUCUGGGACGUGAACACGGGCGAGCAGGCCGGCUUCUUCUACGAGCCGCCUGGCUGCGCGCUGGGAGAUGCCGACAGGCUCCAGUGGCUCGACGGCACCGGCACGCUCAUGGCGGCCACGAUGUUCCCGCGUGCCGACUCGUCCUUCAUCAGCCUGCUCGACUUCCGGGACAAGAGCGUCGUCUGGUCGUGGUCCGACGCCGGCACGCCUGCGUCGCUCGAGGACAAGCACGCGGUGCACGCCGUCGCGAUGGAGGACGGCAGGUCGGUGUGCGUGAUCAACCAGUACCACGACCUGGGCUUCCUCGACCUCCGGAAAAAUGCGGCCGGCGUGCGCUGGAGGUCGCGGAGCAAGCUGACGGCGAGCGGGAAGACGAAGACGUGGGGCGAGGAGACCUGCUACCCGAAGCUCGCCACUCACGGCGGCCAGCUGUUCGCGUCGACGGGCGACGCCAUCUCGGUGUUCAGCGGGCCCGACCACGUGCUGACGUCGACGCUGCGCGGCGGCAACGGCGGCGCCAUCUGCGACCUCUCCAUCGGCGGCGACCGCCUCUUCGCCCUCCACAGCGAGGAGAACGUGUUCGACGUCUGGGAGACGCCGCCGCCGGCGAUCAUCUGACUGUCACGUGAUUAGUCUCGUUACCAUCGGAUCACUAGAAAAGGAAUUACUGACACGGGUUUCGACAGAGGAAAAAAACACACACUGUAACUUGCUCAUCAUUGGGAGUUGUGGCAACACUCGUUCUGUUUCUAGAAAGGAAUAUGAAUGAAAGUCAGUGGAGCACUGUCAUUCUCUACAAA